AUGUCGUCGGAGAAAAUGAGCCAUGCCGAGGCCGAGAGCUUCCGUCGCCUCGCUGUCUUCGGCAUCGCCCUCAGCACGGCCGCCACCCUGACCGCCAUCAUCGCGGUGCCAAUGUUGUACAACUACAUGCAGGGUGUGCAGUCGAGUCUCCAGGAUGAUGUCUCUUUCUGCGUCCAUCGCACCGAGGGAUUGUGGCAUGAAUAUGAACGCUAUGAGGCCGCCAAGGGACAUGAGGGUCGUCUGAAGAGGGAGGCUGUUCAUCGUCAUGCCGGCCGAUCGACUCACAGACGCCAUCGUGCUCGUGGAGCUGCUAGCUACUCGUCGGGCGGAUAUGGAGAUGCUGGAGUUGGAGGAGGAUCGAUGUCUCAGGGAGGUGGCAGCUGCUGCUCUUGCGGAGUCGGUGAGGCCGGACCCGCUGGACAGCCCGGACCCGAUGGACGCCCCGGAAACGACGGCCAGCCCGCUGGACCUCCCGGACAGCCAGGACAGUCUGGAAAUGGACAGCCCGGACCCCAGGGACCUCCUGGAGACAAUGGACGCCCUGGACAGCCCGGACUCGCUGGAGCCCCCGGACAGCCUGGACCUGAUGGAGAUGAGGGCAACGGAGGCGGAUGCGACCACUGCCCACCACCCCGCACCGCUCCCGGAUAU